AUGGCCUACGUUUCGAUGCCUGGCUCAUCAGAGCCUUAUUCUCUCGACUAUCCUGCUGACACAUCCAUUACCCACACGUUGCACGACAAUGCCGAACUCAGCGCGGUUCCAGAGCAUCCUCACAGCAAGAGCAAGGCAGCUGCCGUACCCAAUGAUGCUCAGCCAAGGCAACAGCAGCAGCUCUCUACUGUCACUCAUCCCACUAUCUCUAGACCAUUCCAACAUUUAUGCGACAACAGCAAGGGCGAUGCCACUCAGGACGGAGCACAGCCAAAGCGCAAGUCGAUGGGAUCCAAGGUUCUCUCCAAGUUCAAGCCAGGAUCCAGCGACGACAAGGGUCAUCACUCCAGCAAUCCUCAUUCGCAAGCUACUAGCGGGGCUCAUACUCCCGCUUACACUCUCCAUGAGGGCGAGAGCGAGACAACCUUGGGUGCAAAUCAGCUUCAACAGGCCUUGGCAAAGGAGCAACAACGAAGGCACAGGAGCAAGCAGCAGUCCUUCAGUAGCGCAGACGGGUUCCGACAAAAACGACUUUUCCUCACAAACAAGUCAACGCAAUACCAUCCUGACUCCGAUGCCGAGGCCGAAAGUGAGGAGAACUACCGCGAAUCGGCACAAGAUCCCCGCUUUACUCCGGCACAAAUACAGCCGGUUGGCUACCAACGUCCUCGCAGCGGCACCAUCCACCACUUCCCAGGGGGGCUCUACGAUGAUGAACCGACUACCGAUGCCCGCCCAGCCCGCGACGCUGAGGCCCUGAAUCAUCUCGACCAUUCGCACGGCCUUGAUGACGGGCAUGACGAUCUUCUACUCGGCCAUCAACACAAGUAUGACUCUGAUGACUCGGACGAUACUAUCGCCCACCUCAUCCGUGAAGCCGAUGGUUAUGACAGUCUCCGCUACAACUCCAAAGGUCGAAUGUCGGCUGGUCUCGACUAUGACACACUGCAUGCUGUCCGCGAGAAGGAAAGAUCCGUCCACGACAAUGAAGAUGCACAGAGCGGUUACAGCGCCUACUCGGGCGGUGCUGCCAAAGCUCUUAGUCAACCUCUGUUGGAGCUCGAAGACAUUGAGCUCGAGACCUUCUUGCAGAACUUCGCGCGCCAUACAAAGGAAGUCACCGUCACCCGUUCCGACAAAGCGCAAAAGUACAGGAUGCCAAAGUGGUCCGACUUUCGUGUCUCACCAGAGGAAAUCGCUACCACCAAUCCGGAAAGUAAGCGACCCUCGAUGCUGGCUCGAGUCGAUCGCGGCCUCCAUCAUCUGUCCGAGAAUCUGAACCCGCAGUCCCUAGCUAAGAGCUCAUUCAAGCAGCCCCACAAAGAGCGAAGCCAGACCGAUCCGGCAGCAAUCCAGGGAUCGAAAUCGAAAGAAGAUGACAUGACGGCCGAGUCAGCAGCCUCCGAUGUCAACGAUCAUGGCGCCAACCUCAAUUCGCCAUCCAAGAAAAUGACAAAGUCCAAGAAGCUCAAGAAGCACAACACCGCCAACGGUCCCGUGUCACCUGGACAGAGUGGCAUGCAAGACGAAGAAGACUGGGAUCUCAUCGUACCUUCCUCUGCGGAACCCAGUGGCCUUGAGGCAUCCUCGCCGCUCGAUGAACUCCGUGUCAAUGCAGCUGACGAAGGUGUGGACGGUGUCGCUUUCUGUAUCGCUUACAUUCUCGUGCUUGUGGAGAGGCUCGCGCCCGAAGAGAUCGACCAUCACCCAGACAGAGGCUAUCGCGAAGGUCUGAUCCGCUCGCAUCUGGAACGUCUUUAUACCAUCGCGCCGUUCUGGGAACAGCUCGCUUUCCGCAUUCGUCGGCUAUAUCGAUGGGAAGAUCCCAAGACCACUGCUGCAGCUGCCAUGAUCUACUUUGUGCUAUGGUACACCAACAUGAUCCCGACAGCUUUCAUCCUCAUGAUCAUGUUCUACAUCAUGAGGUUCAAGUACUUUCCUCCUUCGGAGAGCUAUCUGCACGAAAAGGUCAAGAUGCGCAUGGCGCGAGGUCAGGCUGCCAACACCCUUUCCGAACGCCUGCGACGUCGCAGUCGACUUGACAUUCUCAACAUCUACAAGCGAUGGAUUGUCACCUUUGGCGCUCCCACGCAAGAAGCUAUGGGUCUCGUUGCUGACUUUCAUGAGAAGGUCAAGAACCUGAUCCUCUGGCGGAACACGGGGGCAACGCGACGUACUCUGAUCAUGUUUGGUAUACUUAACCUCUUUGUCACAUUUGCACCCUCGCAGUACAUCUCGAAAGCUGUCUUCUUCUUCCUUGGCAUCACCUUCUUCUGUCUCCUGCCGCUGCAGAGUUACUUCCCAUCCCAUCGCAAGGCACUUUCACCCUUUUGGUGGGCUACGUUCGGCGCCCCUACAGAUGCCCAAUUCGCAGUCCAGCUCUUGCGCAAACGCCACUUGGACGUCGAUCGCUUCGCUGGCCAGCUUCGCACUGCAGAAGACAUUCGACGCGCUGUCCGCUCACAAGGUGGCUCCAAGGUCAAACCUCGCCCUGACCGUCGCGAAGAAGGCAUCGCAUACGAUCAGAUAGAAGAUCCAGCUCGAGCUAGUCUGGACUAUGUCGAAAUGACCAACGAUGCUAUGCUCAAGCCCCGCAAACUAGGAAGCUUCUUCUGCCAGUACAAAGGUCUCCCUGGUCGGCUUCACAUCAACACGAAGUACCUCUACUUUACACCGCUGCAUUCGCCUUCACAUAAACGUGGUCGUACACCGGUCGAUGCUAUUGAGUCGAUCGUCAAGACGAAAAGCAUCCGUCUGAUGGUAUGGAGCUCGUUGGGCCUCAAGAUCGUCAGAAACAACGGUAAGGCUCCGUUCCUGCUGGCAAACAUGCAGAACAGAGAUGAAGCUUUCAAUUUGAUUCUUGCUGUAUCUACCAAUGGUGAGUAA